AUGGCAACGGACGGCAAGCAGAGCACGGCGAGGAGAGACCUGCUUCAGCAGAUUGAAGCUGAUGUGCAGAAGAAGUGGGAGAAGCAGAAGAUCUUCGAAUGUGACGCUCCUGACAGCAGCAGCGAGAAGUUCAUGUGUACUUUCCCGUAUCCGUACAUGAAUGGCCUGCUACACAUCGGCCAUGCUUUCUCCUUGACGAAGGCAAUCUUUGCCGCGCACUUCAAUCGCUUGCUUGGGAAAAAGGUCUUGUUCCCUUUCGGCUUCCAUUGUACAGGCAUGCCAAUCCAGGCUGCAGCCAACAAGCUGGCGAGGGAGUUCGACGUGUAUGGCAAGCCAUAUCCAAUCUUUCCGCCCGGACGUCCGCAGCCCAAGGAGUCGUCGCCCGAUGUCAUUGAGAUCGAUGAUGACGGCGUCACCAUGCAGUGGAAGCCCCCGGCAUCGACGGGCAAGAAGGCAGUCAAAGAGUAUGUCGUGCACAUGAAGGUCCAGGAUCAAGACUUCAAGGUGGUCAAGAAAAUGCCACCCCCGAGCCCCGAGGAACUCAAGGCGGCUGGCAACAAAGUCCGGACUGUUCUGCCUAUCGAGGGUGGAGGUUGUGUCUACAAGGUCAUCGCCAUCUUGGAGGACGGCUCUUCAUGUCCUCCCAGCCCAGAGUCAGAUCAAGUCUCUGUUGAUGCCGCACCCAAAGACAAGAAGAGUGGCGCUGCAGGUGGAAAGCGUGUAGCAAAGAAAAUCCUUGCCAAGAGCGGUGACGCAGCAUUCCAGUACGAGAUCAUGAAGGCAAUGGGUCUGUCUCCUGAAGACAUUCCGAAGUUCGUUGAUCCUUCAUACUGGCUGCAGUAUUUUCCACCUCUUGGUGUCCGUGAUCUGAAACGCCUGGGCACGCCAGUCGACUUCCGCCGAUCGUUCAUCACGACAUCUGCAAACAGAUUUUACGAUAGUUUUAUCCGUUGGCAAUUCAGGAAGCUGAAGCAAUCCGAGAAGAUUGGAUUCGGAAAGAGACCGACUAUUUACAGCUGCUUGCCUGCAUCCCCAUCCUCCUCGCAAAGACUUAUGCACCCAACCAGUUGGACGCGUCCACUGAGGUGA